GAACUCUUGUCACUGAGUGUGUCCUUAUACCCGUUUGAUGUUCGAAACCUUUUUAUAAUGGCGACCUGCUACUGUCUGUCUCAGUGUAGAUUCAGAUCGUAGUCUCAGACUCUUUUAACUCCCAAUGAUCGCUGUUCUCCUACUGUUCCUGCUUUUCGUCUCAAAUGUCGAGGCAAAUCUGAGAAUCCGUCGUACACCGCCUGCAGUUAUCACGAAGACUACUACAACUACCGUAUACCUGGCGCCAAGAGUCCGCCAUUGGUUCCAACGUCCACUUCCUCAUCGUAGACCUAAACCUUUACAUAAGGGCAGAAUUCAACCUUGUCCGACAUUUGCCUACUCCGAAUACUUGAACUACUACCAGAAUCCCCAUCAAGCUUGCGUGACAUGCGCUGUGGUUCAACCUGGAGCGCCAGGAAAGUAAACUUGUGCUUGACAUGUUGUGAUUUUUCAACUUACGUCUCAAAAGGCA